AUGGCAAUCUGGGGUGCAUCUCCUUCCAUGAGUGCUAUCUGUGCAGCUCUUUGUGACUAUAGCAAGAUCAUGGUGUUGGGGGGGCUGGAGACCGAUUGUGUGCAGGCUGCAUCACCCUCCUGCAGCUGCCCUGUUCUGAAGUCGUGCUUGGCGUCCUGUCUCAUCUCCUGGCACCACCACCCCCUCCCCCUGGCCUGGCAGAAUCGCCAAGGCGUGAAGCUCAGGAGGUUCCGGCGCCAGGACAUUCUUGCAGACGGCACUCCCCCGCAUCCUCCAGCCCCCACCUCCCAAUUGCAUGGCUGCCACAAGAAACCCUUGAAUCGCCACCGCAUCUUCUCCACCUCCUUGGAUCCCAGGAAUAGUCCCCAGCUUCUCGCAGAGGAGAAGGCUCCCAAACCUGUCCGGACCACAAGAGAAAUAGCAGCAACUACAGAAAUAAAACGUAAAAAAUAUCCUCAACCUUCUUGCCCCAAACCGCGACAGGCAAAGCAGGCAGCUCCUGCUGCUGCUGUUGCUACAGCCCUUACUGCUGCUGCUGCCGCUGCUUCUGCUCCUCCUCCUCCUCCUCUUCCUCCUCCUCUUCUUCCUCCACCUCCUCUUUUUCUAUCUGCUGCACCCUGGGCUUCUGUCAGUCUCCAGGAACAGCGGCACCAGUGCGAUGGUGCCUGGCUUGAGCCACAGUCCGGGUCUCACGACUGCGGUGCUGACCGGAGUUUCUGCAGGGCUAUGGGGACUGGAAUGUGCAGAAAGGGCCCGGAUGUCUGCGGAUUUAAAGGGACAGUCUUAGGAAGAGGCAAGGGGCGACCCCGCUGUUUCUCCCAGUCUCCAGACGCCAUCUGCGGCCAAGCCGGACCCGCCUGGAGACAGAAGAGGAGACUGUGUGCUGAGGGUAUUUUUAGGUCAGCACGGCUCAGGACAACAUUAAGGAAGGGAGAGCUUGGCUCGGGCGCCCUGAGCUUGGCUAUUUUUAUAAAGUCCGAUUGGGGAAGGAAAUAAAACAACUUCUC